CGACUCACCCUCAUCGUACAGCAACGACCCGCUCUCUGCCGGGUCGUAGCCCUGGCUGUAACCCACUGGCUCGCUGUACACGAAUUCUUCGUACUGCAUGCUGGCAAUGAAACUGAUCACCUGAAGCCGGAAAGAAAGCCGUGGGUUUAUGCUACCUCCCAGUGCCAUCAUCAUUCAAAUCAGCACGUUCCUCGAGCUUCGUGCCACGUCCUCUCGUUCGAACGAGCACGGGCAUCGGUCAGGAAGCAGUCCUAGCGCAAGUUGAAGCUGCAGCUGUUCCAGUUGUUCGUCCAGUACCGAUUUGUCUCGCUUCAAGAGCUCACGCAAGUCCGCAAUGGCCACGCUGAGUUCUGCGCAGGUUACAGAAGCGAUGCGUCGGGCUCAUUCUGCCGGCCUGAAUUUCUGGGUGCCAGAGCCUUACCAUUCACCUUAUAGCCAUACGGCCCACGUCCGCUCAGCAUAUGGCCAGCCUGCAUAUGACGAGACGCCAUACGGUGAAGAGCCAUACGGUCAAGCGCCGUACGAACAAGCGCCAUACGACCAGGCGGACCUGCAGAGAGCUACCGCCAAAGCCGUGAAGGAUGAGCGCCGGGGCUUCACCGCGGCGGCAACAGCCGUGUGCGCCGCCGUCAUCUUCUUCGUAGCACUCUGCGCACUGAUCGGGCUCUUUGCUUUCAAUUCCGUCGCAGAUUCUUCCUAUACGACCGAGACGGGCGAUACCGUGGCUUUCGGCACCGAUGUUAUGGAAGGCGGCGACGUCGAGGUAGUGGUGGAGGCAGUCAACACACCAGCGACGACUGCGGCAAUGACUCCUGCGACGACUGCGGCUGCCACUCCUGCGAUGACUGCGGCUACCACUCCUGUGACGAUUGCGGCAACCACUCCUGUGACGACUCCGGCAACCACUCCUGUGACGACUCCGGCAACCACUCCUGUGACGACUCCGGCAACCGCUCCUGUGACGACUCCGGCAACCACUCCUGCGACGACUCCGGCAACCACUCCUGUGACGACUCCGACAACCACUCCUGCGACGACUCCGGCAACCACUCCUGCGACGACUCCGGCAACCACUGAGGAAAGGGUCGCCACACAGGAAACUGCGACACCUACCACGUCAACAACCGCACCCCCACAAAAGAUUGAAGAGCGGCCCCUGGUGUGCACUAUGGGCGCGAGGCUCAACGCGGCGCAGAUGCUCCCGCCGGAUGGUUUGUGCGAGUACAUCUUCUUCGACUCGCUGUACAAGGACGGCCGCAACACCCUGGACGCGCCCGAACUCUACGAUACCAACUUGCGUACCUUCCUCGGCGCCACCCGAAUGUACAGCCUCACGGCGUUUGGCAUCGGCUUCUCCUACGAUGCUUCCCGCUCGCUGGAGACUUUCCUAAACAACAGCAUUGGGAGCUCCACGCUAAACAACAGCAUUGGGAGCUCCACGCCUCUGCAACUCUUCUGGGAUCACACUGUCUACCACCUCGGUAUCCUGGACACCGCUACCGUGGACCCGAGGGAAAGUGACGUAAUACGUGCCCUGAGGUGCCUCAAGCUCCUGCGUGACCAUUACUCCCAGGAAGUCUUCCGCCAAGGCCUCAAGGUCUUCACAUUUUUUGCAGCAAGUGCCCCAAAUGACGCCUGGGUCACCUUCUACAUGACGAAAUUCACGAACUUGUUUGCGCCGGACGUGUUCAUCGGUCUGGGCCACUACCCGCGUGGAGACAACACUUUGCCCGGUUGUUUCGUCGUGCCACCCACGCUGCUGCACAAACUUCCGCAAAUCGGAAGCAGUUACCAGCAUGAUAUGACAACGGCGUUCGAGAGUUUCCCCAAGCUGUCGACGUCAACUCUGACGCUGAAGUAUGCGCUGUCAGUGACCAUGAAAGGGCGUUUGGCGGUCCCCAAGGUGCCGAACCAGUACGGUUUCUUCGCGCCGUGCAUCACGAACGACAGCAUCGAUUCGUUCGCCAGCCUCGCCGACGUGUGCAAGAAUCCGAACUUCGCGUCGAGACCGGCUUACGAACCUACCGCGGAGGCGACGCAAAUUCACCAUGUCACCGAGCCCACGGUGUUCUCUUACGACGACCGAGUAGGACUGUGCAAGAAGCUAUGCACCAUCCAGGCAGUGGAUCCCACCGUGAAAUUCGGCAUCGCCGUUUUCGACCUCGACUACGCGGACUUUUCGAACACCUGCGGAUCGAAGGACGGGCCAUUCUCGAGGCUGCGCCAGCUCAGCAGCGUGCUCAACUUUUUCCGGACGAGGUUCAAGACCGAAGCAGACACUGAAGAUUGCGUGAAGCUGGCCACGUGACCGACGUGUGCUUCGGAGGCAUGAAUGUAUAGCGUAUACAUCAGGCGCCCUCCAAUCCAUCCGGGCGCCCCUCCUCAUUUAGCGAUUGAAAAAAAAGACAGUAAACGCUUGCGGCGUUAGAUGCGUAUUUGUGUCGUUCAUU